GCGACGCCACCAACCGGUUCCUCCCGGCCUCCGGGUUAUAAAGCGCCCCGCGCCGCCGGGCCUCCCACCUCUUGCUUGCUAGCUCGCCAAAGGCGCCGGCCGUGCCGCGCGGCUGAUCGAUCUGCUCCUGCCCUCGCUCCUUCCUCGUCGGCCGACCAGCCCAGCCAGUCAUGGGCAACUGCCUCAACGCGGCCUCCAAGCAGAGGCGCGGCGGGCUGCUGCCGGAGGAGGAAGAGAGCCUGUCCGAGAUGCGGAGGACAAGCCAGCUGCUGCGGGAGGAGGAGGAGGACGACGACGCCUACGAGGCGGAGUACCCGGAGGAGGCCGACGAGGAGGAGGCUGCCCCAGCGGCGGAGGGGCUCAAGGUGAAGGUCGUGCUCACGCGCGCCGAGCUCGAGUGGCUCAUGGCGCAGCUCAAGAGCGGCGACCGCCGCCUCCAGGACGUGCUCCACCACAUGCACGCCGCCAAGGCCGCCGCCGACAAGCAGCACCCGGGUGGCGAAGGCUGGCGCCCGCGCCUCGAGAGCAUCCUCGAGUGCCAGGAGACGGCCCUGGUUACCUAGCCUGAUGAGAUCCCGGAUCUCCUCAGCUUCUUGUUCUCGUUGCUUGCUUUGCUUGCUUGCUGCCUGUGUGGAUCGAUCGGUCGGCCAUGGAUGGAGUCGUCACGGAGAGGAGCGAGGCUUCUUGUGGUUUUUUUUACAAGGGAGUGGCCUUGUUACAGCCCUGCAAAGAAAGGUUGGAAGGAUGAUGAUCCAUCGGCCGGCCCGGGUGGACUAUACUCUCAUCAGUAGACUAGUAGAUCUGGUUUCCUCGUGCUGUCCAAUUAGGCUCGUCGUCAAUCUUGCUUCGCUUUUGCUUUUUGCAUCUGCUUUUAUAUUAUCAUCUAGCAGCUCUUUUCUUUUGUAAAUAGCGGUGAGAUCGAAUGAGAUGGCAGCUAAAGCCCUCUGUCUGCUGUAGUCUAUUAUUCUUAACCAGGCCCUCGAUCUGGCUCUUCUUCUAGCUUUGUAGCCGGUAACUGUGGAGACUUGGGAGUUUUUCACUCAGUUAAAUUGGAACCGUGAGUAUAACAUCCCCAGAUGAAUUUGGUGUGCUGCAA